AAAUUUUAAAAAUAAAUAAAAUAAAACAAUUUAUUUUGUUUUAAUUAUGGUAAUAGAAGCAUCAGACAGAGAAAUAUCUGAAAAUUUUACUAAAAAAAAAACUCUGAAUUUAUUGUCUUCUCCUUUAUAUUAUCUUCAAAAUUCGGAUGAAAAAAAUCCAUAUUUAACACCAGAUCUAUCAUCGUGCGCAGAUUUAUGUUCAUUGUCUCCGCAAUAUACAUAUGAUUCUUUUGACAGUUUCCCUUUUCUUCGUUUGGAUGAAUCAAAAGCAGUCUAUAUUGGACGUUCUAGUCAAUCAUGCAACCUUUCUAUAUCCAAGAAAAAUCGAUUCAUUAGUCGUAUCCAUGCCAAGCUUGAAUAUCAUUCAGAAAAUAAAGCAGUUUAUAUUACAUGUUUAGGAUGGAAUGGUAUGUUGCUUCAUAUUCAAAUGGGACUUGAACCCAGAAAAAUAAAGAAGGGCGAAACAAGUGUUGUCGAAUGGGAACCGGACAUUGGUUCUAUUAUUGUUGAAAUUGCAGGAUCGUGUUCUCGAAUUUUAUGGCCUAUAUCUUUAGAGCUCUCAAUUGACAAUGAAACAUCUAUUGAUAGAAUCGACUCGCUUUAUACUAAUAAUGAAAAUGUUCCUCCAUUUUCUCAAAAAAUAUAUCGUAAUUUAGGAUUUUAUAAAAAUAAACCAGAAAGGUCUCCUUUGAAAGAGUUAACUUAUCAAGACUUUGAAAAUACUAGAAUAACUGAUUUGCCAAUGUUUUUUAAUUUUAGUAAUUUUUCUCGACCAGCGUCUUUAAAUAACAGUGAUACUUAUGUCAAUCAUGGCUCAGAUAAUCCUUAUUCAACUUUUUUGUCUACAGAUAAAGCUAAGAUAGACACGAAUAACUCAUUGUCUCUAGACAUCGAGAAUUUUGGUUCAGACUUUAAUUCCACUGAUUCUAAUUUGCUUGAUUCUGUUUUAACAACUCUUGCAUUUUCUCCUUUAAGUGCUGUACCUUUAUCUACUCUUACAUGUUUAUUUCCUAGUACUUUUUUAAAAGAAGAUGUCGAAGAAUGGCUAAGGAAUGCCGGUCAAUUUAUCGCAGAAAUAAAACGAGAAGGAAAAGACGCUAGUGGAAAGCCACUUGAAAAUCAAUGGUAUUAUGUCCCUGAAAAAGAUGAUAAUGAAGAAAGAAAAGCAAACCUGCUACCUUUUAUAAAGCCAAUUAGACAAUCAAGAAAAAUACAUAAACAGUAUUAUUGGAAAAAACCUAGGUUGCCAAGUUCAAAUAAUAUAGCAGCUCUUACAUUUGUAAAAAAAAAAAGGAAAAUUUCUCGAUUAACUUAAUUUUUUAUGCUGGUUUAUAAAUUUUAUACAUAAUUUUAUAAUA